AUAAAUAGAAUCUGUUGGAAGGUGUCAUGGCGCAGGCUUCUCGGCUGUCGAGGCUCUCUCCCGUUCUCCUCCCGACUAAACCCAACCAGACCCACCAAUUCUGCUGCUAUUAACAACAGUUGUUGUGUGUUCAGUUCAUGACAGCUUUCUGCCAGUUUCGUUUCUUCCAAUAUCAGGAUUUCCACAGUUUUUAAGGAAUAUUAUCGAUAUUAUUGCAAGAAAAAAAAAAAGAUAAGAGAACCGAAGGAAUUGGUAACACGAUCGUUGUUGUUCGACGGAAGCAUCGUCGUUUUGGGGUUCCUGUCGACGGUAAACCUCAAGAUCUGGAUAUCCUAAUAUAAGAUACAACAUCGAAGAAUCAAAGAAGCGUAUUACGCAAAUAACAACGUCGAAUAUUUCUGCUGCUUUUUUCCUUCUUCCCCCAAAAUCCGAAGCGAAACUCUGGUUCUGCAGACUCAAGGACGACCUCACUCUCCACAGGGCCAUUGCGAUUGUGUACAAAAAAGCCUGACCCGAGCCUCAUACGCAAAGCUUCUUAGCUUAGGAAAUGGAUUGCAAAUACUAAAAUGGCUGAAGAUGAUUACAACUUGUCUUUAAUUGAUGGAUACGACAGUUACAAUGAGAGUAAUAGUUCUGACAAGGAAAGGUCUGCAGAGAAAAUCAUUGAGUCUCAAGUUCCAACAGACACUAAGCCCAUCACUCUAGAGAAACCUGCCCCUUUACAUUUUAUCAAUGGCAAAGAUGGCAUGGCAACUUGUGAAAAGUGUGGUACUGUUGGUGUAAAGCAUGCUUUCUACUCGAAAUCUAAGCGCUUCUGCAGUUUGGCUUGUUCUCGUAGUUUUGCUACCGCUCAACGAGAAGGCAAGCCUAUUGUGAAAUAUUCUUCAAUUUCUAGCCAGAGUAAAAUGUGUAAAAAAUCCAGUCUAAAAUCUUCCAACCUGCAAUACUACCAUCGAAGUUUCCCAACAUCAAUCAACUGCAGCAAAAGUGACAAGAUUUUUGAUUGGGGACCUUAUUUAAAAUCUUCCUGUGCUGAAGCUGCCCCUGUUAGCUGUUUUAAACAUGCUGCAAUGAGUGAUGGCUGGGACAACAUUACUGUUGGCAUGAAAGUAGAAGUUCCCAACUACGACACAGACCUUGCCAAUGUCUUUUGGAUUGCAACUGUUACCAAAAUUGCAGGUUACAAAGCUCUGAUGAGAUAUGAAGGUUUUGGAAAUGAUUCAUCUAAAGAUUUUUGGAUAAACCUUUGUACCAGAGAUGUCCACCCUGUAGGGUGGUGCGCAACCAUCGGCAAACCGCUUGUUCCUCCAGAAUCUAUUCAAACCAAGUAUGCUGACUGGAAGGAGUUUUUGGUUAAGCGGCUUACUGGUGCGAGAACACUCCCAAGUAACUUUUAUAAUCUGGUGUUAGAUUCUCUAAACGAUCACAAGUUUAAAAGGGGAAUGCAUGUGGAAGUAGUGAACAAGAUGUGCGUUUCAUCUAUGCGGGUUGCCACAAUUGAUGAAAUUGUCGGUGGGCGUUUGAAAUUACAGUAUGAAGGGGAUGAGACUAACGAGUUUUGGUGUCAUUUCAAAUCCCCACUCAUCCAUCCGGUUGGUUGGUCGCAACAAGUUGGACACAAGCUUACUGCCAGUGCUGAAUACAAGGCCGAUUGUGCUGUGAAGCUUUCAACACAGAACUACGACAGUAGCGAUGCCACACCACGUAUGUUUCGUAAAGAAAAAGACCCUCCCGCUCUUUCCAAUUCCAAGCUUUCAUUUGAAGUUGGUAUGAAGUUAGAAGCUAUUGACCCCCUAAAUCUAUCGGCCAUUUGUGUGGCUUCAGUUAAUAAGGUCUUAAAAAAUAAUUAUUUAAUGAUUGGUAUUGAUGGCUCCCUUGCACAAAAUGGCUCUGAUUGGUUUUGUUAUCAUAUAACAUCUCCUUGCAUUUUCCCUGUCAGUUUUUGUGAAGUAAACAAUUUAGAGCUGACCCCACCUCGAGGAUAUAAAAGCCAAUUCCAGUGGUUUGAAUAUCUCAAGGAAACCAGUUCUGUUGCUGCACCAGUAAGAUUGUUUGAUAAAGAAAUUCCAAAACACAAAUUUAAAGCUGGUAUGAAACUAGAAGCUGUUGAUCUUAUGGAACCAAGCUUGAUCUGUGUUGGCACCGUUGGCCGUGUGGUAGGACGUCUCCUACGAAUCCAUUUUGAUGGUUGGGAGAAUGAAUAUGACCAAUGGGUCGAUUGUGAAUCCCCAGAUCUUUAUCCUGUUGGAUGGUGUGAAAUUGUUUCUUAUCCAAUUGAGGGACCAAGGAUUAAAGAAACUUCAGCAGCCACAUUAUCUGCAUCCAUGGCGAAUCGAAAAAGAAGGGGCAAAACACAAGUUUAUAAAGGUCCAAGGAAAAAAAGAAAGUCCAAAUUAAGUACUCGACCUCUCAACCAAAACGGCUCCGAGAACUUGAACUCGUGUCCACCCCAUGUACAGCUGACUUCAGAAGCAGUUGCAGCAGCAUUACCUCCUUUAUUGGACAAAAGCAAUACUGAUUCCUUCCUUGAAACUGGUUGCUUAAGCACAAAAGUUUUAAAUCCUGAACCUGAAACUGAGCACAAAGAGGGCUCAGCCCCAGAUGCACCCCCUGUAUUGAGUCCUCAUGCACCCAGCUCGGAUUUUCACUCCUCAUCUUUUCAAGUCCAAGAUCAUUCACAAAGCAUUGUUUCAUCUGUACCUUCUGAGGCCAAUAUAGGGCAUUGAUGGAGAAAGAAGUUUUAUGAGCUCAACCCAAGAUUAAAUUGUUAACACAACUAGAAUGAAAUUCGGAUCUUCCAAUAACAAGGUUCAUGAAAUGAUUUUCCAACUGAAACCACCACCACAACUCCUCUUCCUCCUCCUUUCUCUCUUCUGAACACAGCCAUCGUUCACAACAUUUGAGCAGAACUUGAUGUUACAUUUACAUGUCUUCUUGCAACUCACUCAACUCCAAAGAACUUCCUUUCAAUUACCAUAUCAUUUACUGCCAAAUUUUGUGGGUUUUUUUCCUUUAUUAAAAACUGUUCAUUUUUCCACAUUCACUAUUAUUACCUCAAACAGACACUUAAUUACUCUAAUUACUCGUUAUCUUUUCUUCUCAACUCUAUUUUACAGUAGUUUUUCCCUAAUUAAUACAUUUACCUAUCAUUGCUUUUCCGUCUCUAUUUUUUGCUGUACUGUUUUGAAAAUAAACCCAAACUUAGUCACAUUACAUUUCUACAAGGCGGCAAUUCUUUGUGAACUUGUUUGAUGUCUGAUAUCAUAGAAAGAUCUUAUACAAUUUUGAAACUGGUUUGACUGGCCAAAUCUCCAUGCCACCUUACUUCAUUAUUGCACUCAGUUAAUUGGGAAACUUUUACCAUUUUCCUUUCAUUCCUUCAUAUUGUAUUUCAGUCCAAUAUUAUAAUUUCAAAACAAUUUCAUUAAACAGAAACAGCUUUGUACAUAAGUAGCAUUCAGCACGAUAAACUGUUAUUUAUCUCUCUUUA